CUCUUAUCAUUAUCCGUAAAUAGUUUUUAUUUCACAUCACUAUUAUUAUUAUAUAACUAAUAAAUUUAUUUAAAUAGAUUUUAUUGGUCAAUUCCGUCAUUCAGUCAAUCAGUCAUCGGUUUAUUUGUUUAUUUUUUUUUUUUAACCCGCCUUAAAAAAUACCCGAGAUAUUUUUUUAUCGCGGUCGAUGGGUGUAAUGAUUUUAUUGUGUUAAUUAUUGAUGAAUAAAAAAAAAAUGUUGACCAGUAGUGACAAAGUUGAAAAUAGUAAUAAAAGUGAAUGCACAAGUGUUGAAAAAAUUUUAAUUGUGUAGUGUAGUGGGGGUUUUAUUGUCGACCCAUGGGUCCAAGACUGAUUGAGAUAUUAAUAGGGACAUUAUUAAUUACAAUGAUGGGAAUGAGAUUUGUGGAUUCAAGCUGUCGAGAAACAAAAUUAUCUCGCGACUGUGAAGCACUUUGCAGUAAAAAUAAACUGGGUUUUAUAUCCUGCGAAUUGAGAGCUGCUGUUUUACUUCCUGCUAAUACAUUAUUUGAUAUUUCUUUACACAAAGUUAUGCCUGUUUUAGAAUUAGCAGCGUCUCAUAUAAAAGCCCGUAAAAUCCUUCCCAAUUGGUUGGAAUUAAAAUUACUACCCAAAGACGACCAUUGCGAUGCAACAUAUGCGCAAAUAGCAGCUAUUGAUAGUUACGCCGAGUGCGUUCAUUUAUUUUUCGGUCCAGCUUGCGAUUAUUGCGUUGCUAACGUUGGAAGGGUUGCUAAAUUUCUAAAUGCCCCUUUGAUAACAACCGGUGGUUUCACUUACGAUUUUACUGAAAAAAAAACCGUAUGUUCAGAUGAAUAUUUUAUGACAACACGGAUCGGUACUCUGUCCUUUUGGGACAUGAGUAAAGUUUUAGUGUCCGUUAUGGAUAGAUAUAAUUGGAAGAAAGUCCAUGUGGUUUAUGACCCAAGUGGUCAGAGACAAAUAGCGGGUAGACAUACGUGCCAUUUGAUGAUGAAGUCAAUGGUCCAGUUCAUAAAAAUACGCGGCGACAUUACAUUUGGAAACUUCGACAUCGAAGGGAUGAGUACCGAAGAAUAUCGUGAGUCACUUAAAACAAAUCUGGGAAACUACUACGGCAUUGUUGUUAUGUGCGCAAAUGCAACUACGAUACGGGAAAUACUUCUGGCGGCUGAAGAAUUGGGGAUGGUCGAUUCUGGAGAAUACGUUUUUUUUUCAAUCGAUUUAUCUUCAAGCGAUAAUAAUUCAAAAGAGCCAUGGAGAAUGGAAGGCGACAGUGAUGAACGUAAUGAAAAAGCCAGAAAAGCAUAUCAAGCUUUAUUAACAGUGACAGCACGUACGCCCGACAACGAGGAAUACUUGAAUUUUUCACGCGAAGUUAAAUCACUGGCGCAGAGCAAAUACAACUUUACAUUUGGGAACAGUUCUUUAUCAACUUUUGUUGCUGCGUUUUAUGACGCCGUAUUCCUCUAUGCACUCGCGCUCAAAGAAAGCCUGCCCGAGCAGCCCGGAGAAAUAAACCUGGACGGUGGAAAUUUGACUAAAAGAAUGUGGGGGAAAAGUUUUAAAGGUAUUACCGGAGAUGUAAAUAUCGACGAAAAUGGAGACAGAAUUGCUGAUUAUUCAUUAUUAGACAUGAAUCCAGAGACAUCGAAAUUCGAGAUUGUGGCGAAUUACUACGGAGCAAACAAAACCCUUGAAUAUGUACCUGGUAAAAGGAUACAUUGGUCUGGCGGAAGGUUGGAACCACCUCCCGACACACCUAAGUGUGGGUAUGAUGGCUCACUAUGUCCAGAUAAUACUUUGCCAGGAUAUGCGAUUCUUUCAAUUGUCCUCAGCUCUAUUGUCGUCGGUUUAGUUGUGGCAUCGGUAAUUAUUUACAGGCACUAUAAACUCGAAGUAGAGAUAGCGUCUAUGUCAUGGAAAGUUCACUGGGAGGAUGUGAUGGUCGUACCAAUUGGUAGAACACGUGGUUCGAUGCAUUCACUUGCGCCAAAUAAACAACGUGGUAGUCAAUUGACAGUGUAUUGGGAUGAUGAUAUUAGUUUACCAGGUGGGGGCGGAGUCGAUAGAAAUGUCUACAUAGCUACUGGAAUAUAUAAGAAUUCAAAGGUCGCAAUAAAACCACUUCCGAGAACAAAAGUCGAAAUAUCACGGCCGCUAUUGCUCGAAUUAAAGCGCAUGAAGGAUCUUCAGCAUGAUCACUUGGUACGAUUUUACGGUGCAUGUGUGGAGCCACCCCACUGCUGUUUACUCACUGAAUACUGCCCCAAGGGAUCACUGCAGGAUAUCUUGGAAAACGAUCAGAUAAAGUUGGAUCGAGUUUUCCGAGGCUCCCUAAUCCAUGAUAUCGUGAGGGGGAUGGCGUAUCUCCACGCGUCGGAAGUUAAAAGCCAUGGGAAUCUCAAGUCUUCGAAUUGUGUUGUCGACUCGAGAUUUGUGUUGAAAAUAACCGACUUUGGAUUACACGAAUUACGCAGACCGAGUGCUGGUGAUUCGGACGAGGACAGAGACAGUUACGCGCAUUGGAAAAAGCAGCUGUGGACAGCACCGGAGCUGCUGAGAAUGGAGCGACCACCGCCAGAGGGUACUCAGAAAGGAGACGUCUACAGUUUCGCCAUAAUCGUACACGAGAUCGUGGUACGUCAAGGACCAUUUUACUUAGGAGAAGACACCAACUAUCCCCCAAGGGAAAUAGUUGAAGGCGUAAGAAGAGGUGGGGGAUCUCCUUUAAGACCGUUAAUCGAUGAGGCUGCUGUUGAGGAAGAAGUCGCGACAUUAAUGAGACGAUGUUGGGCACAGGAUGCUGCAGACAGACCAGACUUUCCAGCACUGAAGCAAACUAUUCGUAAAAUCAACAAAGAUUAUGAGAGCAGCAAUAUUUUGGAUAAUUUAUUAUCACGUAUGGAACAGUACGCCAACAAUUUAGAAACACUAGUCGCGGAGCGAACUGCCGAUUAUCUCGAAGAGAAACGUAAAUGUGAAGAAUUAUUGUAUCAGCUGUUACCGAAAUCCGUAGCAUCACAACUGAUACUAGGCCAGAGUGUGAUCGCUGAAACAUAUGACCAGGUGACAAUAUACUUCAGUGACAUUGUCGGGUUUACAAGUUUAUCUGCUGAAAGUACGCCACUCCAAGUAGUCGAUCUUCUCAACGAUCUCUACACAUGCUUUGACUCCAUUAUCGAAAACUUUGACGUUUACAAGGUUGAAACGAUAGGGGAUGCUUACAUGGUUGUGUCAGGGCUACCUGUCAGGAAUGGCAUGAAUCACGCGAGAGAAAUUGCGAGAAUGAGCCUUGCGCUACGUGACACUGUCAUGACAUUCAGUAUUCGCCAUAGGCCUAGUGAACAACUCAAAUUACGUAUUGGAAUGCAUUCUGGACCGUGCGUUGCUGGUGUCGUCGGUCUUAAGAUGCCGAGGUAUUGUCUUUUUGGGGACACAGUUAACACGGCGUCCAGAAUGGAAAGUAAUGGCGAAGCUUUGAAAAUCCAUGUCAGUCCAAAGACCAAAGAGAUAUUGGACACCUUUGGUACAUUUGAGCUUUGCUGCAGAGGAGAAGUUACAUUGAAGGGUAAAGGUAAAAUGACGACCUACUGGCUGGUGGGUGAGAAGCCGACCAACAACAAUGUCCAAGAAAACAAUUCUAACUCAACGAGCGACCAGAAUCCUCAGCAGCCGCCCAAACUCGACCAAAUUCAAGGACCUCAGAGUACCUGCACAAGAAAUAUCAUAAAUAUGACUACUGGAAACGGGGCGCCGGGCAAUCAUCCCUUAUUGUCACCAUCUCACCAGCGAAACUCGACUACACAUUCAGCGAAUCCUUCGUCUCAUUCGAAUCAACAGUUUUCACCCUCGCCAGGUAGCGAUAAUAUUCCUAACCAUACUGAAAGCGCUGCUAAUACUCCGUUAUUGCUGUCUAAUGGAUCCUCUCGAGCUUAAAAUAAUAAUAAUAAUAAGUAAUUAUAAUUACAUCUCAUUCCUUAGCUUAAAAUCAAAUUAUCCGCUUGACAAAAUUUAGUCAUUAAAUUGUUUAAGUGCUGGAACACUUAAUUAAUAAAUUUAUUUAAUCAUAUACAUUGAAGGCAUAAAUAUUCAAAUUUGUUUAUAUAUAUUUUGUUUGGUAUAAAUAAAUUUUUAUUUUACCGGCUGAGUUAUUUAAAUAAAAUAUUUAUGAUGAUGAAAAAGCAUUGGGGUGAAUGUAGAAGAGAGGGAUGAAGGGGGGGGGGGUUGGUAAAUAAAAAGAGGGUGAAGUAGUUGUGUAUAAUAAUAAUUCGGAAAAGUUAAACAAAACAUAAAAGUUGCGAUACCAUACGUACAAUCGAACCGGUCUACCUCUAAUGGGAGGCUCGAGGGUUUUAAAUGUCAAGGUUUAUCUAAUUGAUUAAUCGGAAAAAAUGUUACUUGGAAUGAUACAUAAGUAGAGUUUUUAAAAUUGAGGGAGAAGAAAAGGUCAAAAUGCGUUUACACUAGUAAGUAAUCACUUAUUAAGGACUAAGUAAGGCGUAACAUGACGUAGUGGGCUAAAAAUAAAUGGAUUUUUUUUAUUCGCAAGCUUGGAUUAAAUUGACUUUGUUUUGAAUUUUUAUUUGAUAAGAGUCCACGCGAAUGAUAUUUUAAGAUUUCAGUUUUUUAAAGGAGGCGGCAAAGAUUUUUUUUUAGCCGCACAACUGAAGAAUUGAAUAAUAAAUUUUUUUUUUCAUUCAUAAAAACACAUUUAUCUUGUUAUCUAUUAAAUUUAUGAUAAAAUUAUAUCAGUACUUUUUUGUAGGUUAUUAAAUUCUCUACAAAAAAGAUUUCAUAAAUAUUUUUCGUAAAACUGUAAGUUUCCAAGUUACAGCCCGCGAAAAUUUAAAACAAUAAACUAAAUCAUUGUGGUCGGUUUUAUUUAUAAAAAUCGAUUUAUUCGAUUACCUAUCAGACAUACGACAAAAAUGUAUAAAUACUUUUUUGUACAGCGCAAAAUUCUCUACAAAAACUGUCUCACAAGUUUUGUUCAUAAAAUCAACCCUUAUAAAGUUACAACAAAAUUAGUGAUAUUUUAACGACACUAAAUUAUCAAGCAAAACUAUUUGUCUGAAAUUCGAAAAAUUUAUCUCCAUUUUCAUAUUCUAAGUCAUAUAAAAUCUGUAGUAUACUCCAAAGCUUACAUAUAUAUAUUUUUUUCAAAUUUACUUUUUAUUUAAAAAAAAAAAUAUCUUUUUCUAUUGCAAAAAUUAAAAACUAAAAUUAUUAAAAAACAAAAUCAAUUUUAAUUUAAAAUUAAUUAUCAAAUAAAUCCAUUUAUUUUUAGUCUCUACGUUACUUGAAAUAUAAAAAAUAUUUACUUAAUUAAACUUAAAUAAAUAACGUCUGUUUUAAACAUUUCGGACGUCAAAGAAAAUGAUAAAAUAAAUAUCAAAACUAAUUAAAGUAAAAGUGCAUAAAUGAUGAAUUUCAAGUAAUUUUAAUUUUUUAUAUAAAAAAAAAAAAAAAAAACUAAUAAAA